AUGAUGAAUAAGAGAAAUACGGUAGAUCUGUCGAAGAAUUUGUUAGUGGAAAUACUCUCUAGGGUUCCGGCGAUAUCUCUGGCACAAUUCCGAUCUAUAUCCAAAGGAUGGAACGCUCUGGUCAAAGAUGAAAUACUUUCGAAGAAGCACUCUGCUCUAAGGCAAUCUCUGGCUAUCAUGUUGAUUAAUUUUAGGGUUUAUUUAGUGAGUGUUGAUUUCCGUGGGACUCAAGAAAACAAUGUUGCUCCAUCUAGAAAGCUUACAAGACAAUUUAGCCUAAAAGAUCCACUUUCUGAUUCUUCAGAAGAAGUUGAUAUAUGCAACGUCUUUCACUGUGACGGCUUAUUGUUAUUAAUCACUAAGGGCGGUCAAUUUCUGGUUUGUAAUCCGGUUUCAGGGGAAACCAAGUGGAUCCAACCUAGAAACCCUAAAAAAAAAUAUGAUAUCUUUUCUCUUAGUUAAGAUAGCAAAUCGUCUUGUUACAAAAUCAUAAAGAUGGAUCGAUUUGUCGGUGGUAGUGAUGCUGGUGUAUUUCUUACUGAUUAUGAAAUCUAUGACUUUACCUCUAACUCAAUCUAUGACUUUACCUCUAAUUCAAUCUAUGACUUUACCUCUAACUCCUGGAGUGUUGUUGCUGUGACUACCAAGUGGUACGUACCAUAG